CCACGAUCCACAACUAUAUUCUAACGACAACCACGGCAACGACGAUGAAAAGGACAUACGGACGUAAGAACUCGCGCCGUGCGCAACCAGACUCACCAGACGUGGAGGUCAUGCUUUCGCCACCACGGAAACGACCCAGAAUCGAGGUUGAGAUCGUGCAACCACCGUCCAAUGUGCAUUUAUCACCACCCAAAGUAACUAGUCCUAUCCGAAGAAGUACAACGAUGCCUGACGUGGGCUCAAUCUCGAGCACGCCGCCGAACAUACGUACGCCGACUAAACCAGCGCGGGAUCUGAGCACAUUGUUCCCCGCUUCUCCGCAUCGGACGCCGAACUCACCAGGAAGGUCGCUCGGAGUGGUGAAGCGCAUGUUGUCACGCUCACGCACAGAGUCGUCCAUUGAUCGCGAUGCCGGACAGAAUGUCUGCUCAUCAAACCCAUCGUCUAACACACUUCCUGUUCAUCAUUCUCCACCGAAGAUAAGUUCCUCGCGCUCACCCUCCCCAACACGGGGCGAACCCCUACCGACAAAGCAUACACGGACGUAUGCUGGCGCGUCACGUUCUUACCGUAUUGCGCUUCCGGCAGCAGAUCUCGCAGAGCCAGAUGACUCGCGUGAAUCUUAUGCCGACUUGCGGUCCCGGUGGGGUGUCGACAACUCCGAGGACGAUCCACGUCCUUUCGACGAUGAUAACCGGACACUGAAGAGGACAUCCAGUGUGGGUUCGCGGGUGCUAGCGAAUGGAAUGAUGAAUGAUCUCAAGAGUAUUACGGAGUUGCGGAGCAAGGGAGAGAGCAGACGAUUUCUUGACGAGGUAGGGUAUUUGUUUGAAGGCAUAGAGAGUGGUUGUGCCAUUGCGCUCCGCAGAGCCAGUGUCUUGGAAAUCGUUACUAAACUAUGCGACCCGGAAUUCAACCGUCGUGCGAAAACAUCUGAUUUUUAUGCUCGCACUUGGGAUGUGUUCGUCAAGGCCCGUGAGGAAGGUCCGGACAAGAUUCUUGAUGUCACCUUAUCCUUCUUUGCGUUCCUUUCUACCCGCGACCCCCAAACCCUUUCCGAAGUUGCUCAUAAACCUGAACUCGUCCCCACUCUCCUCGAGAUCCUGCGCUCUGUCACUCCCACCUCUGACAUGAAGGGUGAUGGGCUAAAUCAGGGUCUGAAGAAAGACAUCCUUGCACUCGCCCUGUCGGGGAUGGAUGCAACGGGCCUGAGAACAUCAGGCAUAAUCCGCACAGACGUGGCGCCGCUCAAAGCUCUUGCAGACCUGAUCACCAAAUCAGGAGUGAUGAAGGAUAUACGUGGGCUCUCCACUCGCACCCUGCUUAGCACUACACUCUCGUCCUUGCCGCCUUCCCUCCUUCCGCCUGCAUUUCAUACCCUCCCAUCGAUCCUCAAUUCCCUCCAUGCCGAGCUCCUACUUGUGCCUCCACGCGUCAACGCUUGGGAGAGGGGACUGGAACUGUUCCCUGGUUUUACACGCUUGGAUAUAACACUUGGGAAAAAUGGGAAAGGAAAAGAAAUACGUAAACAUUCAGAUCCUCCGAUAGAAAUCGCUACUCCCUCCCUCGCUCACAUCCACGCUUGUCUCCGGCUCGUAGAUGCCUACCUCUUGGAAGAGUGGACGAACCACGUUCCGUCUCGUUCUGGUGUCACAAGCAAUGGUUUAAAUGGGACUGGACAAGAAGAAUCAGAAAUUCACCGUGCGCUGGCGGACCCGGCACUUAUAGACGAACUCGUGGAGUUGUGCGUUGCUGCUGAGAUCCUUAUGCGAGAUUGUGUACGGGAUUUGGAUAUGAUGAACAAAGAAGGGGCUGAUGCUGUAGAUGCGGAUGCAGAGGAUGGUCAGGGUGAGCUUGCACGCAAGACCCUCUUCUCGACCCUGCGUAUCCUUACGCUACUCCCGUCCUCCAAUUCCGCCCAUUCCCGCCCUUCAUCCUCAUACACUCACUCGUCUCCGACAUAUUCUGAUACACUCUCUCCUGACUGGACACCAAGCGGCACAGCCCUAUCCCUUGUUACUCGCGUGGUGUUACGUGCACAAGCUGGAUGGGUCGAGUCUCUUAGCGGUGAUGGGGUCAAAGGGGCAGGGGAAGAACCAAUGCAAGGGGAUGAAGAUCAUGUGGUAAAAUCGGAGCAACUAGAGGACACAGAUACUUCAUCUCCACCUCCACCUGGCUCCCGACGUGAAUCCACGCGUUCGCCUCGAAAACAGGCGCUGUUUCCUGUUCCUUCGCUGUCCAAAUCUACGCAUAAACCGGUUUCUGCGAGCAAAAUAACUACACCAAGUAAACUUCGCAGACAGGGUACGUCGAAUGGAAACGGUACGCCGAGUAAAGGGAAAAAGAAGGCCAUAUCAGUCCCGAUGUAUCCCCUCACACGUGUUGAGUCCUUCGACUUGCUUUGUCUUGCGCUUGGGUUGCUUUUGAACUGGGCGUCCGGAGGUGUUGAAGGCAAAGGGGUGUGUGAGGGGAUGGGACGCAUUCUUCUCAAUCCCGCCUGUUCUGCAACUCGCAGCUGCGUUCGCACCUGUUCAUGCACUCCGUCCUCCCAGAUACCGCUGCUUUCGUGUUUGGUAUCUGUGUAUCAGGCAUAUUGCGGUUCAGUAUUCGCAUCGACUGAUUAUUUAUCGCGGAAACUAAAAAUCGCAUCUGGCCGUGAGCGCAAACCAAGCUUGGAUGUCGGUCGAAAGCCGCCAUCUGCGCGCCAGAAGCAAAAUUCUCCUUCUGCGAGCCCUUCCACCUCUCCUAGACGUAAAAUCCCUUCCUCCCAGCCCACAUUGAACACAUUCAGCAUGUCUCAAUCUCCCGAAUUCACUUUCCUGGCAGGGUACACCGCUGUCCUGCUCGGCCUCCUCUGUACAUCCACAGCCCCACGCGAAAUCACAGUGCUACCCAACAACCGAUCACUGAUAUUUGGCGACGUCCUUCUCGAGACACUCAUCAGAGACGUGCGAGACUUUUUGGCGCUGUAUGACGAUCUCGAGGGUGAGCUCAGUAGCGAGGGCGAUAUUGUGGGUGUGGAUGUAGAUGUGGCUCCAGAUGCGGAUGGACGGCGUGGUGGGGGACGAGAGCAAGAUGGCGGAAGGGAAAGGGGCAAAGCGCUGGAGAAGAGGAGCGAAGAUAUAGCGCGCGGGGUGUUGAGAGCAUUAGAGGCGCUGCGAGAUGAUGUACUAAUGACAUAGUUGUCGAUACCUGCUACUGACUGGUGCAUUAUCAUUUCGCGAUGGCCGAUAAAGCCACCUGCAAGGAACGAACUACAAUUCGCAUCGUCACGGAAGGUUGACCUUAGCGAAGCCGAACAGUGACUCGGUGAAGCGGUAACACGCACGAUUUCACCCUGCCAGGUGCGGCGGGAGACCCCACAGGCCUUGCGCGCGGGAUCUUUCGAUUCAACUUUGAGAGAAGGCGCUAGCUAGGGCUAAAGUUUAAGCGUCACAACUGAAAACCAGACAACUUAUAUUACUUGACUCGAAUGAGUUUCGGAAAUCAGCUACACGAAUAACGGAUAGUACUGUGACGGGAUGGUCUGGGACGCUCCACUCGUGACGUUCGCGUCCGAGCCGUUCCGAGCCGCUCGGCAUCUCGCGGUAUUUCCGCAUAAAUUCGAACAGAGCUAAUUCUGUUCAUUGCUCCCCCGUCUUUCCUCAACGUCCAGCUCGAC